AGGAGAAGCUCCACAGUGUUGACUGAACACUGAUGAAAAGAUAACACUGGAGGCAAGGGGCCUUUCACAGCUCUCGGAAAAUCAACCGCCUCCCCAGCGCGUUCCUCGUGCCGGAGCCGUUUCCACUGGAGGUGCCACGGGGUGAUGCCCAUGGUGCCUCCCUUCCAAAGACUUGGAUCAUGAACAACUUUAUCCUCCUGGAAGAACAGCUCAUCAAGAAAUCACAACAAAAGAGAAGAACUUCUCCCUCAAACUUUAAAGUCCGUUUCUUUGUUUUAACCAAAACCAGCCUGGCAUACUUUGAGAAUCGUCAAGGGAAAAAGCGCACAUUGAAGGGCUCCAUUGAACUCUCCCGAAUCAAAUGUGUUGAGAUUGUGAAAAGUGACAUUAGUAUCCCAUGCCACUAUAAAUAUCCAUUUCAGGUUGUGCAUGACAACUACCUUCUGUAUGUGUUUGCUCCAGACCGUGAGAGCCGGCAGCGCUGGGUUCUGGCCCUUAAAGAAGAAACAAGGAAUAAUAACAGUUUGGUACCCAUGUAUCAUCCGAAUUUCUGGAUGGAUGGGAGGUGGAGGUGCUGUGCUCAGCAGGAGAAGCUCGCAGUGGGCUGUGCCCAGUACGACCCAACCAAGAAUGCUUCAAAGAAGCCUCUUCCUCCUACUCCUGAAGACAAUAGGCGAUCACUUCAGGAACCUGAAGAAACCAUUGUCAUUGCUUUGUAUGACUACCAAACAAAUGAUCCACAGGAACUCAUGCUACAGCGCAAUGAGGAGUACUACCUACUGGACAGUUCUGAGAUUCACUGGUGGAGAGUGCAGGACAGGAAUGGGCACGAAGGAUAUGUACCAAGCAGUUAUUUGGUGGAAAAAUCUCCAAACAGCCUGGAAACCUAUGAGUGGUACAAUAAGAGUAUCAGCCGAGACAAAGCUGAAAAACUUCUUUUGGACACAGGCAAAGAAGGAGCCUUCAUGGUACGAGAUUCCAGGACCCCGGGAACAUACACCGUGUCUGUUUUCACCAAAGCCAUUGUAAGUGAGAACAACCCCUGUAUAAAGCACUAUCACAUCAAAGAAACAAAUGACAACCCCAAGCGUUACUAUGUGGCUGAGAAGUAUGUGUUUGACUCCAUCCCUCUCCUCAUCAAUUAUCACCAGCAUAAUGGAGGAGGUCUGGUCACCAGACUCCGGUACCCAGUUUGUUCCUGGAGACAGAAAGCACCGGUCACAGCAGGACUUAGAUACGGGAAAUGGGUGAUCCAUCCCUCCGAGCUCACUUUUGUGCAGGAGAUUGGCAGUGGGCAGUUUGGGUUGGUGCAUCUUGGCUACUGGCUCAACAAGGACAAGGUGGCCAUCAAAACCAUUCAAGAGGGGGCUAUGUCUGAAGAGGACUUCAUAGAGGAGGCUGAAGUCAUGAUGAAACUCUCUCACCCCAAACUGGUCCAGCUGUAUGGGGUGUGCCUAGAGCAGGCCCCCAUCUGCCUGGUGUUUGAGUUCAUGGAGCAUGGCUGCCUGUCAGAUUACCUGCGCAGCCAGCGGGGUCUCUUUGCUGCAGAAACCCUGCUGGGCAUGUGCCUGGACGUGUGCGAGGGCAUGGCGUACCUGGAGGAGGCAUGUGUUAUCCACAGAGACCUGGCUGCCAGAAAUUGCCUCGUGGGAGAAAACCAAGUCAUCAAGGUGUCUGACUUUGGGAUGACAAGGUUCGUCCUUGAUGAUCAAUACACCAGUUCCACAGGCACCAAGUUCCCAGUGAAGUGGGCAUCCCCGGAAGUCUUCUCCUUCAGUCGCUAUAGUAGCAAGUCGGAUGUGUGGUCAUUUGGUGUGCUGAUGUGGGAAGUCUUCAGUGAAGGCAAAAUCCCGUAUGAAAACCGAAGCAACUCAGAAGUGGUAGAAGACAUCACUACUGGAUUUCGCUUGUACAAGCCCCGGCUGGCCUCUGCGAAUAUCUACCAGAUUAUGAAUCAUUGCUGGAAAGAGAAACCAGAAGACCGGCCACCUUUCUGCAGACUCUUGAGUCAACUGGCUGAAAUUGCAGAAUCGGGACUUUAGCAGAGACUCAGCACCAGGCCUGGGGCUGCAGAUCCUCACGGGGGAGAGCCAGUUCUCCCUUCACAGAGCAUUAAAAUCUGCCACCAGCCCAGCAUUCCCCAGAGGCAACUGGCCUGUGGCGCCAGUCCCUGAGCCUCAUGGCGCAGGCAGCACCCUGACGGAGGCGGGAGGCUCAGGGCCCUGAACUGGGAGGGAGGCCCGAGCAGCAGCGAGGUCUCUCCCUUCCUUCCAGCCUCUUAUCUCGUCUGGUCCUCAAUCCUCAACCUGACAGCUUUCAGGCACCAUUUCUUGCACUUCUUAGAGAAGAGGAGGGAUAUGGUAGGGCUGUGGAUUAUUAUUUUUAUUAUUAUUUCAGUCAUGGAUCUGAAGGGUAUGGUCAAGGGUUUUUUACUUGACCUGGCAACACAGAAUCCCAGGAUGGUGGGGCAAGAGAAAUGAGGAGUGUGACUCUUUUUCAAGGAGACCUGGUGAGUUAGUUAAGGUCAGGAAGUGCCAGCUCAGCUGCUGUGAUCCUGUCAGCUGCAGCUUCCUGCUGUCCUCAGGAACACCUGCUCCCAUCUGAGGCCAGGUAGGCUGAGAAGCAGUUUUAGGAGGUUUAAUUCAUCGAACAUACUGCCACCUCCCUCCUUGAAGGGACAUGAUGGACUGGGGUGAACAGUUCCAACCGCGUGGUUGGAGAUGGCAUCAGGACAGAAGGAGCACUUCAGAUGGUGGGGAACUGGCUGGAACAGAGAGGGACCUUAGGUUGUUACCACUCCAAUGCCUACCUUUAGUACCAAGCCAGGCAGGGGACUGUGCCUCGCCUCUGCACAGAAUGCUUCCACGGGCAUCCUGGGAGAAGAUGCUUGCUUCGCCUUGCUGGCUCUGACUGAGGACUCCGCCAUCAGUUUGGCUUCUGGGGUUAGUCCCCUCUCUGCGCUCUUCCAACCCUCAUCAGCAGAGGGCAGCAGGGUGUCGGGCGGUGGCCUCGCAGAGACCUGGAAGCUUAUUUAGGCCCUAGAGGUUUCCAUCUUGAAGGCUGAGGCUUCAAGUCUCCUGAAAAACUAGGAGAGGAACGAGAGGUCUGUUCUCACUCAAACCAUCUGGAUGGAAAGUGAGUCAAGCUCUGAGUGGGGUGCUUCCAAGAGGCACAAGACAGCCUACUGUUGAUGGAGCACUGAAAUAUGCCAAGUGAAUAUGUACUGAGCUACAGGCCUUAUCUGCACAAUUUCACUUCGUCCUGCGUUCCCACCAACCCCAUGAGAAUGUAUUCUUAUUCCCAUUUUACAGAUGAUGGAACUGAGGCUUUAAAAAGCCAAGAGAGCUUGCCAGAAUGACAGAGCCAGGAGAUUUAGAGCCCACAUCUCUCUGCUGCCAAUGCCCUUUCUUUAUUUCUGUUCAACGCUGCCUUCUACUGAGGAUGAACGGGAUUGCAGAGGAGUUAAAUAAGCUGGGGGACAAGACAGAGAAAGCCAAUAAAGAAGUCAACCACCAAGGGCUCUUUCUCCCACAGAGGCCACUAUGGUUGGCCGUGUAGCCCUCCAACUUGGAAUAGGAUCUUCUUGUUCUCAUCUGUCUUCUCACCUUUGUUAGAGUUAAUGACUUUGGAGUCACUCAGUUAAUUAACCCUUUGACUCACCCACCCCUCCAGAGUCAUGUUGCAUGAAGCCAUUUAUGGGUGAGCUUCAAAGCAGUUUUGAAAGGUCCGCCUGCAGGUAUAUAAAUGCUUCCUUUAAUCAUCAUUUCGACUUCGAGACAGCUGCAGUGCUCUUCCACACUUAGUGGGGAAGGGUAUUCCCUGAUGUAAGAGAGAUUUCAUUUUCCUGCAGCAUUCCGAUAAAACUUUCAGAGAGAUUAUUAGAUGGUGUUGCAAUUAGCUCUUUCUAAACCGUGUGAUAUUUUGACCAGCUGGAGAUUCAGAUGCAUAACUUGUAACUAUAAUUAUUGUGAAACUGGUUGCCUCCAGAUAAAACUCUAUCAUUCAGAAGAUGAUCUUACUCAACAUAUCCAAAAUCAUCCCUGUUUACUUUCUGGCAUUUUGUACAUUCUCUUGUGGAACCCUUAAUUAGAGAUAAUUUCCGGAACAUCCAGCCUGAAGGAAAACAUCAAAAUUGACUGAUUUCUCUGGUCUGGUUUCAGAAAUUGCCCCUUGUAUGGUGUUAUCGUGUUCAAGCUCAGAUUCACUGGGGCCUUAACUGAAUAUGUUAACUCCCCAGUGUCCUAUCUUGCAAAAUGGGCUUCCUGCCUGAUUUUUUGCUCCCCCUCUCACAUUUUGAUAAUGGUAUCAUGCAUUCACAGGGAAUUCCUUUAUCCAAGGUUUUGGCUCUAGGUGCAUUUUUUAGAUUUUGAAUUUUGUACCUCUUGAGGCUAUUUAUAUUUGGAUGUUUUGAAAAUUUAUUAGUGUACAGUGAUUGCUAGGAUUCACAAUGAAAGUGUUAUAAAUAUCUCUAACCAUUUAUAAAUCACACAUAGUUAAAGGUUUGUUCUAGCAAAUAAAACUGUAUGUCUUAAUAAAUCAAUAUAUAUGGCCUGGGUUCAGUAUUUGCCUAAAUGUCAAACAACCAAAAAUUUUCCUUAAAUAAAAAUAAUUACGUGGCUUCAUGUUCCACAAAAAAAAAAAAAAAAAAUGGACUACAUAUCAUUCAACAUUUGUUCAACAAGUAAACACCAAAUUCUUCCUGUGUUCCUAUGAUAUACUCUGCUGAGAGCUAUGGAAACAAAGAUGAAAAAAGCAGUCUUUACUUUUUAGAAACCCCAGGUAACUCAUUUUUUUAAAAAGGCAGUAAAAUUAUAAUCCAUCAUUUAGGGAAAGAACAGAAAUUGGUCAAGGGGGAGAAGAGCUCAGAAAAAGUGAUGGAAUCCCUCAGGGGAAGGGGGACAUCAGGAAAAACUUUCUAGAACCUUGCUACUCCAAGUGUGGUCCCUGGACCAUCAAUAGCAAUAUGACCAGCUUAUGAGAAAUCUGAAUUCUCUGACUCUACCCUGAGAUUCACUGAAUGAGAAUCUGCGUUUUCACAAGAUCCACAGGUGACCAUAAGCUCGUUAAAGUUUGAGAAGUACCAUCAUAGAGGAUAUAAUGUCCAACUCAGUUCUGAAGAUGAAUUAUGGUUUUUUUUUAGGAAGUAAGUGGGCAGAAAUAAGAGAAAUGCUUUCCAGGUAGGGUUAGAGGAAACUGAAUGUGUGCGGAAGCUAUUAUCAGUUUAUCUCGCUGGAGCGUAAGUUAUGGGGGUGGGCGCGAGGUGUUGACAAAGGUAAGGAUGAUGGAAGGAGUUAUGCAAAUUGAAACAGAAGCUAUAAAUCUAGAUAAAGACCAUAUUUUGAAAGACAAGAAAUGUGGGAACUCUACCAAUAGAUAGGAAAGAUGUCACGGAGCAAGGAGAGAAGGUCAAAUCUGUGUUUAAAAGUGCAUUUGGGCAGCAGCAUAGUCAGUGGAUUUGAGAGAGCAACGCUGAUGGAAAAGAAGCCAAUGGGAAGAUGAUUUUUUGCCUUGUUCCGAGCACCAGAGUAUGGUUCAUACUCAUUCACUGUCAUCUGCUGUCUGAGUGACACAUGGAAAUUGUAAUUCGGAGUUCUUCAGUCACAGCUGGGCAGCAAAAAGUACCUGUACCUGCCUCUUAAAAUCCCAGUGAAAUAAAAGCUGGCUUGUAUUUUCAAUCCACUGAGCUCUCCCUGUACCUUCUAGUUUGCCAAAUGCCCACGACUAUGGCAGGAGCCUGUUCAUGCACCAGAGGACCAUUCGGCACGAGGGAAAAUGUCUGUGGUUUCUACACAGUCCUUUGGGCUUGCCUUCCACUGGGAAACGACCCGGAUAUGAAACUCCUGAAGCAGUUGGAUGAGCAUAUCUGCUUCUCAGAGCAUUUAUCUGGCAGACCCAACUUUCUCUGGAAUCUCCCAAGACACACAUCCACCACUCUGAGGCAGAGACGGAACAUAAUCCAUUCAGCAAGAUGGGCCCUGUGUAUUUGUGUAUUUCGUUUGUGUGUGUGUGUGUGUCUUCAAUGACUUUGAGACUCUCUGCAAGUCAUGAUGUGUAGUUGGCUUGUGGGAUCACAGAGUCACAAAGUAACUGUCAGAAGGAGUUUUAGAGAUCAUUACUUCAUAAAUAAUAGUUACCGAUUCACCUGACAUUGCCUGGUACUGUCAGGUGUAUAAGGUGAAUAGGAUAUCUUAUCAGUUACACACCAAACACUUCACACUCAAAUUAAGAUACAUCAAGGAGGACUUAUUUAUGAAAGGGAAAUGAUUAUUUAAAAGAGUGUGGGUCAGGUUUAGGAGAACCACAGAAAGUAGUACAGAGGAAAGUAAGCCAAGGAGCAGUUGCUACCUGGAGGCCUGAAGAGACAGGAGGAAGAAGUGCUCAUUUGAAUGUGAAAGCAGACAGUCCCCUGGAGGAGGUUGCCUUGAGAAGAAAAGACCUUUAGUUAGCAAGGCAAUGUCCAUCACAAAGAGGAGCCCAGGGGAAUAAAUACACGGACCCUUUCAUCAACUGAUCUAUACAUAAUCUUACACACUCUCCUCUCUUACCGCAUCAACUGCUGGGACUUCCUGUUGGCUACCUAGUACAGACACCAGCCUUCACAUAAGAAGUCCUCAUGCUACUUAAAAGAAAGUCCAACACAUAAACAAAUACAGUUGACGCUCGUUAUUUACAGCUUCUAUACGUGCAGAUUGUCUGCCCGCUGGCAUUUAUAUGUAACUCCCAAAUCAGUCCUCUCAUAGUCAUCCAUGGCAUGCCCAGGCCAGCGCCAUGAAAACCGUGAGCUGCACGCACAUCCCCAGCUGAGGUGAGGCAAGGAGGUGCUCAGCCUUCUCGUCUCAGCUCUCGUUCUGUAAACAAGUAUCCUUUUCGAGGUCUAUUUAGUGCCAUGUUUUGCACUUGGGUACUUUUUGUUGGUCAUUUUGCUGUUUUAAAUGGUCCUUAAGCACAGAGCUGAAGUGCCGUGUAGUGUUCCUAAGAGCAAGAAGGCUGUGACAUUUCUUUCAAAGAAAGUGUGUGUCAGAUAAGUUUCAUUCAGGCAUGAGUUAUAAUGCUGUUAACUGUGAGUUUAAUGUUAAUGAACCCACAGGUAUAUUAAAUAAAGUGUUUUUUUUAAUACAAAUAUGGGUAAAACAGGAUCAUGUAUAGAUCCGUUGAUGAAAAUGUAACCAGAGGCUCACAGGAACCUAUCCCUAUACUUCCGCUAGGAGCAAUGGUUCAGUAUUCACCCCUUCAGUGUCCAUGGCAACUUUAUAAAACAUACGUACCAAAUAAUGAGAAUCACCUGUGAUUGCAAAGGGCUGUUGUAGGUUAUGGGAUGAAGCAGUGAUCACAAUAUGAGAGCACAGAGGGUGAAAGCACCUAAGGGAUCAAGGAGGGCUUCCCAGAGGAAGUAAUGUUUGAGCUGUGCUGAAGGCUAAAUAGAAGCUCGCAAGGAAGAAAGAGUCUGGAAGGACAUUUCAGGGAGAGGAACUGGAAUAAAACAAAACAAACAAACAAAUAAUACAUCUUAUUCCACCUUCUUCCUUUGCAUUAUUUUUUAGUUAGGACUGGGAACCUUGAGGACAAAGGCAAUAGGUGCUAGCUAACAUGGUCACAGGACAAUCAGUCGAAGGAGCUGAGUGCACUGUGACUCCUCACCAUCCAGGUCUACCUCUACCCACACCCAUCGACACCCAUCUACAGCGGUGAAGGAGUUUCUGGUCCCUUUCCAGCUUCUCAGAAUGACUUGGAGUACAAGUGCCUAUAUGGUGAAAUAAACGAUACAAACAUUU